AGCUUUCGUCAAAAGUCUGAGGCAGCAACAUGGCACCGCUUUUGUGGCAUUUAGACUCUGUUGUUUUCGACUAUUCUCCCAUAUCAGCAGUCCUUUUGUGCCUUUUCAUGUCUACAAUAUAUGUCGGUAGUCUGCACUUGUACGCGACAAGAGGAAAACCUCGAGAUGAUCCUGAAAUAAUAAAAGCUAGAUUCUUUAGAGUUAGCAUCAUUCUUAUCGUCCUCAUUCCAUUCUUAUGGAUGAUAAGUACAACUUCUCACGAUCGGAUACGAUCGAAAAAUAUAUUCAUUUGGAUCGGUUUACGAUUUGAGGGGAUAAUUUUAGGAACUAUUUUACCUUUAGUAUUAACAAUGAUAUUGUUCCUCGGGCCAUUGUAUCUGCACUACGUUGAUGGGAUAUUCUCCUUAUAUGUUGAAAAAAACUAUUGGAAUGCAAACUUUAAGAAUCUGAUUUGGUUGCGAAAUCACAUUGUGGCGCCACUGUCAGAAGAAAUGGUCUUUCGAGCUUGUAUGGCACCGUUAUUGGUUCCUGCCUUUGGAGAAUGGAAAACAGUUUUUAUUUGUCCACUUUUCUUCGGCGUCGCCCACUUUCACCAUAUAGUCGAUAAAGUUAAUAAUCACGGCAUGGGGAUUUUAUCUGCUCUCUGCCAGUCUUUCUUCCAAUUCUGUUAUACAACCCUUUUCGGCACUUACUCUGCGUUCCUCUUCCUCCGAACGGGUCAUUUUCUAUCAGCCGUUAUCGCACAUUCAUUCUGUAAUCAUAUGGGAUUUCCGGAGUUCCAACAAGUGGGAACGCUGCCCAGACGCCAGCAACUGAUUGCCGUCUCGUGUUUCCUUAUCGGUCUCGUUAUGUGGUCGUUACUGCUGUUUCCUUUAACGUCUCCGACUGUGUAUGGAAAUUCGUUUUAUAAUCUGUAGUAGACAGAGCAUCACCGAUUGUUUAUAUAUCUUAUUACAUAUUGAAAAAGAUGAAAACAUAAGGAGGACUCACUGUUUUUGUUUACUUUUUUGCUUUUUUUCUCUCUAUCUCUAUUUUCUAAACUUUUUUUGGUUGGACAGUAAUCAUUUUGAAUAAAGAAAAAGAUUUAUGUUUUUUAUUAUCUUCUCCUGUUAUUUUUCUCUUCACGCUUGAACAGAUGACGUCGCAAUCAACGUCGUCGGAUCUACUCGUCUGUGGAACGUGCCGGGCAGAAUUUAGCAAUAUUAACCUCUUCAUUGAACAUAAGCAAACUCAUGCGUUUCCCGGUGGUUUGGCUAACGAAUUGCUCGAAGUGUUUGUCGAUACCGAAGCUCCCGACUCUUUGAACUCCUUGUCCGACGAGCAAAGCAGCGAGCCUUAUAAUUUGACCGCAACUGUUUCUAAUCAGGCAAACGCUGACCAUCCUACGAUCUCGACUCGGAUUACAAGCCAAUCUGUUAGUAAUUAUGACGAAUAUACGCCAUCUAGCGUUCAAACUAUACAAGAUUACGGCGACUCGAAAACAUUGCCUCACCUAUUCAUCACCAACCAGUCAAGAGAUGGCGCUAGCAGCACAAAAAAGACCAAUGAAAAAAAGCACAAAUGCAAAUUUGAUAAUUGCGAUUACAGUAGUAGGUAUUUAAAGGACGUCGAGCGUCACAGAUUAACGCACACGCGGGAGAAACCGUUCAAAUGCAACCGCUGCCCGCGAGCGUUCAACAGGAACGAUAAAUUACAGCAGCAUAUUCGAUUUCACGACGGUAAUAAGCCAUUCAAGUGUAAGGACUGCUCAUAUUCAACCGUCGAUAAUGCAACGCUAAAGAAACAUAUGCUGAUUCAUACGGGUGAAAGACCACACGUCUGUCAGAUUUGUUCUCUUGAACUCCGUACAUCAUCCGCCUUGACCGUCCACUUGAGAACCCAUACGGGUGAUAAGCCGUUUUUCUGCAACGAAUGUGAUGCCCGCUUCGCGAUCAGCUCGGAUUUACGGCGGCACAGUCGAAUACAUUCGGGAGAUAAGCCGUUCGCCUGCAAUUACUGUACUUAUAGGGCGAGGGUCAAAUCAAAUUUAUUAACACAUAUAAAAAGUUUACAUAACAACGAUUCGUAUUUUUCUUGCGAAUUAUGUGACUUUAGAGGAGAUAGUAAAAAAUUAUUGAAAGAACAUUAUGAUAAAGACCACGGAGAAACUCAAGAAAAGCUUGAGGAGAAGACGACCACCUCGAGAGUUAAGUGUGAUCAUUGUGGCUACACGUGUGCUAAUAAGGAUUCCCUAAAAGUGCACAUAAGUAGGAAACACGGAUCACCGAAAUGUCGGCGGAACGUGUCGAGAGGUGGAAAGAAGAGGAGAGGGUUACAAAUCGGAAAAUACAACGCCUCUCAUAAAUGUCAUUUAUGCAGUGCAGUCUUCGUUAAGAGCGAUUCUCUUCGGAUUCAUUGCAGAUUGCAUGAACGGCGAAACGAAAGCCGUUCGAUACGUACGAACGAUGCCAGUAGCGUUCGCGUUCAACCGCUCGACUUAGAUUGCAGCGAUUUGUCUAGCUACCUGCCUGAUCAAUUAAUGGAAAACGCUUAAGAAGGUCGGUGUAUUAGUUCGGCCCCACGUUUAUAUAAAGAUAAUUAUUAAUUAAAAAGUAUGCAAGGUGUGUAAUUGGAACUUAUUCGUUUUUUUUCUUCUGUUUCGUUGAGCUUUUGCUACUACAAUAAUACAUAUCGAAGAGAUUUUUAAGACAAAGACGAAACGAAGUAAUGUCUUGUCCGGAAGCGUUUAAUUGCAGUCUUUGUGCAGUCGCAUUACGUCAUAAAGUGUACGCCAUGUGCUCGCCUUCCCACGUAGAAGGAAAAGAGAAAUUCGAGAAAGAGAUAGUAGCGGCGGCAGCAUGUGGCUAGAGGAUGAAAACUGUCCGCAGGGAAAUCUACUGUCUUAUCCCGUCUCUCUCCGACGCCUUUCAUGCCCGAUUUGCGGAUUUUCUAUUUCUAUUCUCUUCGCGAUACAGUUGAUCUUUGCCCCAGCAAUACUCGCUCUGUCAUUUGACGGGUCGGGAGCGACGUUUUCAAUGUUCCUUCCGGUUCGCGACGCCUUUGAACUUCCGGUCGUGUCGCGCUCACGAUUAUAUUAUAUAGAUGCUCGGAGCGGAGAUGAGCGCUGGCGUAAUCGGGCGGUCGUUUAUUACGUAACCGUCAGCCUUAUGAAUGUUCUAUUGAGCCGACUAGCAUUACAUAUUGCGUUUCUUCUGAUAAACGUUGUACAGAGGCUAAAGGUUUUUUUGAACGGUUCUGUGAAUGCAAUGAAUGGACAGCUGUCGGCUUAGGGCGACUAUCAAAUUGUGCAGCCCGCCCUUGUUUUUCGCCCUCUACCGGCGUUCCUGUCACGUCGCCAAACGGAAAUGAAGAGACGGCGAGUUAGAAAGGAAGACGCCGGCGUCACAAGCCACCUAAUUGACGGCGGCCUGCACCAUGACGAAUGCGCGAGUGACGUGACUGUCGUCGAUUGGAAAAAAAAGAGACGCGCAAAGUCAUUUGCAUUGAACGCUCGUUUUUCA